GAUGUCUGAUGUCUCCUCCUGUAAGAGGAGGAAACCGAAACACGUCAUCCCCUCCGCUCUGUAUUUAAGUGAAUAAAUCACAUGCUGGACUGUGACUCAACCCCCGGGUUAACUCCUCACGUCAGUGUAACGCUUCGUCCUCUUUGUGUCUGCAGGUCUCCGCACAAGUGAAGCCGCAGCGGUGUUUGCCCUUUAAACACGAGGUGAGUAGAACGGAACCGGAAGUGAGAAGGCUCCUACGUCGCAACGAGGGAACAUAGAUCUCUUUGUAAAUCCGCCGCUCGUUCAGAUUCGUUUGGACUCCCGUUCGUUAAGCAGCAUCAUGUCGGACGAGGGGAAACUGUUCGUCGGGGGUUUGAGCUCCGACACCACCGAUGAAUCGCUGGCCGAGGCCUUCGGUAAAUAUGGCGCCAUCGAAAACUGUGUUGUCAUCAUGGACCGAGAAACGAACCGGUCUCGCGGCUUCGGCUUCGUGACAUACGUGAACCCCGAGGACGCGAAAGACGCGAAGGACGCCAUGGACGGGAAGGACCUGGACCGGCGCCAGAUCCGCGUGAACGAGGCGGGGAAAGGUCGCGGCGGCCGGGGAGGCGGCGGCCGAGGCGGCGGCGGCUACGGUGGUGGCGGCGGCGGCUACGGAGGCGGCGGUGGAGGCUAUGGAGGAGGCGGCGGCCGAGGGAGCUACGGCGGUGGCGGCGGCCGAGGGAGCUACGGCGGCGGCAACCAGAGCUACGGCGGCGGCGGAUGGGGCAACACCGACCGAUAUGGAGGGCAGUAGGACGGGAACCAGUAGCGGGCGCAGCGGCUACUCCAGCAACAGCUCGCCCUACAGGGACAGCUACAGCAACGAGUAAACACCGCCCCGGCGCGACGCCCUCACUUUGGCCCGGCUGCGUCGCUCGAACACGGGCACGACAAACAAAGAUGUCCGCGUGUUUCUGAGCUUCGUUUUUUGUAAUUCUGUUUUUUGUAGCUCGAGCAUCUUAAGAAAAAAAUGUAUCCAUGAGUAUUUUUUUGUUCAUUCCUCAAAUAAACCACGUUACUAAUUCCA